CAGUUCUUCCGAGUCGCUGUAAAUACAGCAGUCUCCACUAUAAUUUAAAACGCGAAGUUGUGGACGCCCUCAUUGACCGAAUACUUAAUGGUAGGACAUGUCCAUAACACGAAUGCGCCUCGGCUCCACUUUUCAGUAUGCAUGGGAAGUCAACUUGGGUCUAGGUGUUCUCGGAAUGGCCGGUGAAGGCUGAGCGCUCCCAUUAUGCGGGUUGUCAGGAGCUGCAGCUACAGCAUGCAGGUGGCUGCAUGAGACGUACUGCGAACACGAGAAAUCUACGACAUACCUAUUGCUUUUUCUAGGAAGAACACAUCACCUGCCAUGAGUUCCUACGGCUAUGUAAUAACAACAAGCAAGUUCACUGCUGUUAACGAAGCCAUGGCAGACCAGCUUCGGCCGACGUUGUACCCUGAUGCUGCACUUCCAAGUCGCGCAGAUUUUCCGUUCGAACAACGCAACAGAUCUCCAUCUUUCGUUCCGAACCCAAUCUCAGCUCCUGAGCGAACAUAUUCAUCCACGACGACUACAAAAAAGCGUAGCGCUCGAGAUAGGUGCAAAGAUGAUGCGGAUUUACGUCAAUCUCGCCGGCGGCGGUUGUCAAAAGAGCCUCUUCCCGAUGCAUCACUCGCUUGCCCGUUUGCAAAACACAAUCCCAUCACCUCCCCCGGAUGCUGGAACUUUGCCGCCGAAAAUCUUGCUCGACUGAAAGAGCACCUUCUUCGCCGCCACGAACGACGGCCUUACUGCCCGAUUUGCUUAGGCCAAUUCGACAGCGACACUCUGCGCGAUAUACAUGUGAGAGAAAGGACGUGUCUUAAGGUGAAUGGCGAGCAGAUCGGAGCCUGGAUGGAUCCCAAGGCUGCUCAACGGAUCCGUCAACGUACAAAGAAAAGUGAGAACGCGAAGGAAGGCUGGCAACGCAUGUAUUCUGUCAUCUUCCCUGACGACGAAACGAUCCAUUCGCCCUGUGAGUGGCUCACUUUCGCUGCACCCUGAUAAGAUCGAUGACUGAUAUCAUUCGUAGAUGUUGAAGAUAUCGGACAACUAUAUGUUCAACGCAUUCGCAAGACGGUUGCAAACGAUUUCGUCCAACAUAUACACUCAACACUAGACUUUCUAUCAACGAACGAAAUCACCAACGAAAUCAUGAACGAACCACCGAGCAUCAAAGCUGCCUUCAUGUCGUGCCUCAGACAUGUAGCC